CGACAACAAAUGCAGCAACAAAUGCAGCAACAACUAAUCCAGCAACAAAUGCAGCGACAAAUGCGGCAACAACAAAUGCAGUGACAGCAAAUGAAGCAACAACUAAUUCAGCAACAAAUGCAGUUACAAAUGUGGCGACAUCAAAAUCAGCGACAAACGCAGUUACAAAUACGGCGACAACAGAUUCAGCAACAAAUGCAGUGACGAAUGCGGCGACAACUAAUUCAGCAACAAAUGCAGUGACGAAUGCGGCAACAACUAAUUCAGCAACAAAUGCAGCAGCAACAAAUGCAGCGACAACAAUUGCAGCAACAAAUGCAAUGAUGAAUGUGGCGACAACAAAUGCAGCAACAACUAAUUCAGCAACAAAUGCAGUUACAAAAGUGACAGCAAAUGAAGCAACAACAAGUGCAGCAACAACAAAUGAACCAACAACUAAUUCAGCAACAAAUGCAGCGACGGAUGCGGCAACAACAAAUGCAGUGACAGCAAAUGAAGCAACAACUAAUUCUGCAACAAAUGCAGUUACAAGUGUGGUGACAUCAAAAUCUGCAACAAAUGCAGUUACAAAUAUGGCAACAACAGAUUCAGCAACAAAUGCAGUGACAAAUGCGGCGACAACUAAUUCAGCAACAAAUGCAGCAGCAACAAAUGCAGCGACAACAAUUGCAGCAACAAAUGCAGGGACGAAUGUGGUGACAACAAAUGCAGCAACAACUAAUCCAGCAACAAAUGCAGCGACAAAUGCGGCAACAACAAAUGCAGUGACAGCAAAUGAAGCGACAACUAAUUCAGCAACAAAUGCAGUUACAAAUGUGGCGACAUCAAAAUCAGCGACAAACGCAGUUACAAAUACGGCGACAACAGAUUCAGCAACAAAUGCAGUGACGAAUGCGGCGACAACUAAUUCAGCAACAAAUGCAGUGACGAAUGCAGCAACAACUAAUUCAGCAACAAAUGCAGCGACAACAAUUGCAGCAACAAAUGCAAUGACGAAUGUGGCGACAACAAAUACAGCAACAACAAAUGCAGUGACAACAAAUGCAGCAAAAACUAAUUCAGCAACAAAUGCAGUUACAAAAGUGACAGCAAAUGAAGCAACAACAAGUGCAGCAACAACAAAUGAAGCAACUAAUUCAGCAACAAAUGCAGUUACAAAUGCGGCGACCACAAAUUUGGCAACAAAUGCCGUGACAACAAAUGCAGCAGCAACUAAUUCAGCUACAAAUGCAGCAACAAAUGCGGCAACAACAAAUGCAGUGACAGCAAAUGAAGCAACAACUAAUUCAGCAACAAAUGCAGUUACAAAUGUGGCAACGUCAAAAUCAGGAACAAACGCAGUUACAAAUACGGCGACAACAGAUUCAGCAACAAAUGCAGUGACGAAUGCGGCGACAACUAAUUCAGCAACAAAUGCAGUGAUGAAUGCGGCGACAACUAAUUCAGCAACAAAUGUAGUGACGAAUGCGGCGACAACUAAUUCAGCAACAAAUGCAGCGACAACAAAUGCAGCAACAACUAAUUCAGCAACAAAUGCAGCGACGGAUGCGGCAACAACAAAUGCAGUGACAGCAAAUGAAGCAACAACUAAUUCUGCAACAAAUGCAGUUACAAGUGUGGUGACGUCAAAAUCUGCAACAAAUGCAGUUACAAAUACGGCGACAACAGAUUCAGCAACAAAUGCAGUGACGAAUGCGGCGACAACUAAUUCAGCAACAAAUACAGUGACGAAGGCGGCGACAACUAAUUCAGCAACAAAUGCAGCAGCAACAAAUGCAGCGACAACAUUUGCAGCAACAAAUGCAGUGACGAAUGUGGUGACAACAAAUGCAGCAACAAACGCAGCAACAACAAAUGCAGUGACAACAAAUGCAGCAACAACUAAUUCAGCAACAAAUGCAGUUACAAAAGUGACAGCAAAUGAAGCAACAACAAGUGCAGCAACAACAAAUGAAGCAACAACUAAUUCAGCAACAAAUGCAGUUACAAAUACAGUUACAAAUGCAGUUACAAAUGCGGCGACCACAAAUUUGGCAACAAAUGCAGUGACAACAAAUGCAGCAACAACUAAUUCAGCGACAAAUGCAGCGACAGAUGUGGCAACAACAAAUGCAGUAACAGAAAUUGAAGCAACAACUAAUUCUGCAACAAAUGCAGUUACAAGUGUGGCGACGUCAAAAUCAGCAACAAACGCAGUUACAAAUACGGCGGCAACAGAUUCAGCAACAAAUGCAGUGACGAAUGCGGCGACAACUAAUUCAGCAACAAAUGCAGUGACGAAUGCGGCGACAACUAAUUCAGCAACAAAUGUAGUGACGAAUGCGGCGACAACUAAUUCAGCAACAAAUGCAGCAGCAACAAAUGCAGCAGCAACAAAUGUGGCGACAACAAACGCAGCAACAACAAAUGUAGCAACAAAUGCAGCAGCAACUAAUUCAGCAACAAAUGCAGUUACAAAUGCGGCGACUACACAUUUUGCAACGAAUGCCGUGACAACAAAUGCAGCAACAACUAAUUCAGCUACAAAUGCAGCAACAAAUGCGGCAACAACAAAUGCAGUGACAGCAAAUAAGGCAACAACUAAUUCAGCAACAAAUGCAGUUACAAAUGUGGCGACGUCAAAAUCAGCAACAAACGCAGUUACAAAUACGACGACAACAGAUUCAGCAACAAAUGCAGUGACGAAUGCGGCGACAACUAAUGCAGCAACAAAUGCAGCGACAACAAUUGCAGCAACAAAUGCAGUGACGAAUGUGGCGACAACAAAUGCAGCAACAAAGGCAGCAAUAACAAAUGCAGCAACAAAUGCAGUGACAACAAAUGCAGCAACAACUAAUUCAGCAACAAAUGCAGUUACAAAAGUGACAGCAAAUGAAGCAACAACAAGUGCAGCAACAACAAAUGAAGCAACAACUAAUUCAGCAACAAAUGCAGUUACAAAUGCAGUUACAAAUACAGUUACAAAUGCGGCGACCACAAAUUUGGCAACAAAUGCAGUGACAACAAUAGCAGCAACAACUAAUUCAGCAACAAAUGCAGCGACAGAUGCGGCAACAACAAAUGCAGUGACAGCAAUUGAAGCAACAACUAAUUCUGCAACAAAUGCAGUUACAAGUGUGGCGACGUCAAAAUCAGCAACAAACGCAGUUACAAAUACGGCGACAACAGAUUCAGCAACAAAUGCAGUGACGAAUGCGGCGACAACUAAUUCAGCAACAAAUGCAGUGACGAAUGCGGCGACAACUAAUUCAGCAACAAAUGUAGUGACGAAUGCGGCGACAACUAAUUCAGCAACAAAUGUAGUGACGAAUGCGGCGACAACUAAUUCAGCAACAAAUGCAGCAGCAACAAAUGCAGCAGCAACAAAUGCAGCAGUGACAAAUGCAGUGACAAAUGCGGCAACAACUAAUUCAGCAACAAAUGCAGCAGCAACAAAUGCAGCAGCAACAAAUGCGGCGACAACAAACGCAGCAACAACAAUUUCAGCAACAAAUGCAGUUACAAAAGUGACAACAAAUGAAGCAACAACAAGUGCAGCAACAACAAAUGAAGCAACAACUGAUUCAGCUACAAAUGCAGUUACAAAUGCGGUGACUACAAAUUUUGCAACGAAUGCCAUGACAACAAAUGCAGCAGCAACUAAUUCAGCUACAAAUGCAGCAACAAAUGCGGCAACAACAAAUGCAGUGACAGCAAAUGAAGCAACAACUAAUUCAGCAACAAAUGCAGUUACAAAUGUGGCGACGUCAAAAUCAGGAACAAACGCAGUUACAGAUACGGCGACAACAGAUUCAGCAACAAAUGCAGUGACGAAUGCGGCGACAACUAAUUCAGCAACAAAUGCAGUGACGAAUGCGGCGACAACUAAUUCAGCAACAAAUGUAGCGACGAAUGCGGCGACAAUUAAUUCAGCAACAAAUGCAGCGACAACAAUUGCAGCAACAAAUGCAGUGACAAAUGCGGCAACAACUAAUUCAGCAACAAAUGCAGCAGCAACAAAUGCGGCGACAACAAACGCAGCAACAACAAAUGCAGCAACAAAUGCAGAGACAACAAUUGCAGCAACAACUAAUUCAGCAACAAAUGCAGUUACAAAAGUGACAGCAAAUGAAGCAACAACAAGUGCAGCAACAACAAAUGAAGCAACAACUGAUUCAGCUACAAAUGCAGUUACAAAUGCGGCGACUACAAAUUUUGCAACGAAUGCCGUGACAACAAAUGCAGCAGCAACUAAUUCAGCUACAAAUGCAGCAACAAAUACGGCAACAACAAAUGCAGUGACAGCAAAUGAAGCAACAACUAAUUCAGCAACAAACGCAGUUACAAAUACGGCGACAACUAAUUCAGCAACAAAUGCAGCGACAACAAUUGCAGCAACAAAUGCAGUGACGAAUGUGGCGACAACAAAUGCAGCAACAAACGCAGCAACAACAAAUGCAGCAACAAAUGUAGUGACAACAAAUGCAGCAACAACUAAUUCAGCAACAAAUGCAGUUACAAAAGUGACAGCAAAUGAAGCAACAACAAGUGCAGCAACAACAAAUGAAGCAACUAAUUCAGCAACAAAUGCAGUUACAAAUGCGGCGACCACAAAUUUGGCAACAAAUGCAGCGACAGCAAAUGCAGCAACAACUAAUUCUGCAACAAAUGCGGUUACAAGUGUGGCGACGUCAAAAUCAGCAACAAACACAGUUACAAAUACGGCGACAACAGAUUCAGCAACAAAUGCAGUGACGAAUGCGGCGACAACUAAUUCAGCAACAAAUGCAGCAGCAACAAAUGCAGCAGCAACAAAUGCAGCAACAACAAUUGCAGCAACAAAUGCAGUGACAAACGUGGCGACAACAAAUGCAGCAACAAACGCAUCAACAACAAAUGCAGUGACAACAAAUGCAGCAACAACUAAUUCAGCAACAAAUGCGGUUACAAAAGUGACAGCAAAUGAAGCAACAACAAGUGCAGCAACAAAUGCAGUUACAAAUGUGGUGACAACAAAUUCAGCAAUAAAUGCAGCAACAACUAAUACAGCAAUAAAUGCAGUUUCAAAUGCAGCGACAACAAAUGCAGCAACAAACGCAUUUACAAAUGUAGCGACAAAAGCAGCAACAUCAAAUGCAGCAACAGCUAAUACAGCAACAAAUGCGGUGACAACAAUUGCAGCAACAAAUGCACUGACGAAUGUGGCGACAACAAAAGCAAUAACAACUACAGUAGCAAAACCUGUUAUAACAACAAAGCUAGCAACAACAGAAGCAAUAACAACUACAUUGAUAACACCUGUUGAAAUGACAACACUAGAAACAAAAGAAUCUACAAGAACCGUCGCAAAAACUGAGACAACAAAUGCAGUUACAACAUCUGGUGCAAUAAUAACUUUGGCAAACACAAAAACUGCAACGUCAACGACUGAGAAAAAAACAACGGUGACGACCCUUUCAGAAAAAACAACAGGAGCAACGAUAGAAAAUUCAAUCAUCGUCACCAAAAGAGUAAUUUUCAGGUCUCUUCAAGACACAUUCACAAAUGUCUUACAAGAUCCAACAUCUCCAGCUUUCCAAAAUAGAGCAGGAAUGAUAAAACAACAGCUUGAGCCAAUAUUUCUGGACGCUUUUCCUAUGUCCUUCAAGUCCCUGGAUGUAAUCGCAUUCAGAAAUGGCUCAAUUAUUAAUGAAAUGGAUUCUGUGUUUACAAGCACAUCAACGCCAAGUAACAACGAAAUUUCAAGCGUCUUGUCCAGUGCAGCAUCAAACGUAGUUGGCUUUGACAUUGAAACAAGCUCCAUAAUUGUUGAUUCUACAACAACAGAAGUCACAACAACACCAGCAGAAAUGACAACUACAGCUAAAACACUUGCUGUGACUGAGACAUCAACUGUGGUGGCAACACUUGUUAAAACAACAACGGCAACACCAGAAACAACAGCUGCAGAGACCACACCUAUUGAAACUACAACCAUAGCUGCAACUAAAGCAUCAACUGCAGUGACAACAUCUAUUGCAACACCAGAAAGAAUAACUGCUGUGACAACACCCGCUGAAGGUACAGCCUCAACCAUUGCUCCAACUGAAGCAAGAAUUGCCAUGACAACAGUUGGUGAAUCAACAAUUCUAACAAUAAAACCCACUACAACAACAAAUGCGGUGACGAAUGCAGAAACAACAAAUGCAUCAACAAAUGCAGUGACAGCAAAUGAAGCAACAACAAAUGCAGCGACAGCAAAAGAAGCAAAAACUACUUCAGCAACAAAUGCAGUUACAAAUGUGGCGACGUCAAAAUCAGCAACAAACGCAGUCACAAAUAUGGCGACAACAAAUGUAGUGACAACAAAUGCAGCAACAGAUAAUUCAGCAACAAUUGCAACAACAAAUGCAGUGACAAAUGCAGUGACAAAUGUGGCGACAACAAAUGCAGCAACAAACACAGUAACGAAUACGGCGACAACAAAUGCAGUGACAACAAAUAAAGCGACAACUAAUACAAAAACAAAUGCAGUUACAAAUGCGGCAGCAACAAAUGCAGCAACAACUAAUUCAGUAACAAAUGCAGUGACAACAAAUGCAGCCACAACUAAUUCAGCAACAAAUGCAGCGACAAAUGCGGCGACAACAAAUGCAGCAACAAAUGCAGUGACAGCAAAUGCAGUGACAACAAAUGAAGCAACAACAAAUGCAGCAACAAACGCAAUGCAGCAACAAUCGCAGUGA